UCUUCCGCCGGAGAAACCCGGGUCCUGCUGCCUUUAGGAGGCUGCUCUGGAAGCUCUGGGGUUGGGGUGUUCAUCCCUGCAGCUAUGCUUCCAGAGUGCUCUGUGCGUUUCCACAAUCAACAAACAAUGAAUAAAUCUCUGGAGUUCGUGUCCUUUGAGGAGGUAGCCGUGCACUUCACCUGGGAGGAGUGGCAGGACCUGGAUGAUGCACAGAGGACUCUAUACAGGGACGUGAUGCUGGAGACCUACAGCAGCCUGGUGUCACUGGGCCAUUGCAUUACCAAACCUGAGGUGAUCUUCAAGUUGGAGCAAGGAGCAGAGCCAUGGUUAGGAGAAGAAUGGGCAAACCAGUGCCUCUCAGAUGUCCAGACAGUUGACAUAAUUGAAAGAAGCCAGGAAAUUCAUCAUAGACAUAUAUGGCAAGUUGCAAUCACCAACAGCAAAACGUCAACCAAGGAAACAGUUGAAUUAGGAAAAAUACUUAAUUUGAGCUUAAACCAUAUUCCAAAUAUGAUGGUAAAUAACACAAGCUAUUCAGGAAAGAGGCCUGAGGAGUUAAAUGUAAGUCAGAACAUAUUUAUCUCGAUUGAGCCUCAUGAAAUGCAGGCAGGAGGAAAACCUGAUGUUCAAAGUAUAACUGGGAAAUCUCUCACGUGUCAUGAGUAUUUUAGUCACCAUAACAAGAUUAAUAUGGAGCAGCAGCUUUUUGAGUAUAGCGGACAAGGAAAAGCCUUCAGCACUGAGGCAGAGAAGGGUCAUGGUGGAGAGACUGCAUGUACUUACAGUGAGCGUGGGAAAUCCUGCGAUAAGUCAGCACUCACUUCCCGGAAGAUAAAUGUCAAAUGUUGUGUAUGUGGGAAAGUGUUCUGUAAAAAGUCUAAGCUUACCAAACAUCAGAAAAUACACACAGGAGAGAAACCCUAUAAAUGUGUACAAUGUGAGAAAUCCUUCAUUAAGAAAUCAUACCUUGCAAAUCAUCAGAGAGCACAUACACAGGAGAAACCCUUUGCAUGUACCAAAUGUGAGAAAUCCUUCUGUCAGAAGUCAAACCUGUUUGUUCAUCAGAGAAUCCACACAGGGGAAAAGCCCUAUGAAUGUCAUGAAUGUGGGGAAACCUUCUGCCAAAUGUCAGCCAUUAUUUAUCAUCACAGAAUACACACAGGAGAGAAACCCUAUGAAUGUAUGGAAUGUGGGAAAACCUUCUACCAGAGGUCAGCCCUCAAUGUACAUCAGAGAAUUCACACAGGAGAGAAACCAUAUAGGUGUAAUGAAUGUGGGGAAACCUUUUAUCAGAAGUCAGUCCUCACUGUACAUCAGAGAAUUCACACAGGUGAGAAGCCAUAUGAAUGUCAAGAAUGUAGGAAAACUUUCUACCAUAAGUCAGCCCUCAUGGUACAUCAGAGAACUCACACAGGUGAGAAGCCAUAUGAAUGUAAAGAAUGCAGGAAAACUUUUGCUCAGAAGUCAAAACUUACUGUACAUCAGAGAACUCACACAGGAGAAAAACCCUAUGAAUGUAAUGAAUGUGGAAAAAUAUUUUGCCUGAAUUCAGUUCUCAUUAUACAUCAGAGAACUCACACAGGUGAGAAACCAUAUGAAUGUAAUAAAUGUGGAAAAACCUUUAGCCGGAAGUCAAACCUUAUGAUGCAUCAGGGUACUCACACAGGUGAAAAACCCUAUGAGUGUAAUGAAUGUGGGAAAACCUUCUACCAGAAGGCAGUUCUCACUAAACAUCAGAGGACUCACACAGGGGAAAAACCCUAUGAGUGUAAUGAAUGUGGGAGAACUUUUAGCCAGAAAUCAAACCUGAGGAUGCAUCAGAGUACUCACACAGGGGAGAAACCCUACGAAUGUAAUGAAUGUGGAAAAUCCUUCUACCAGAGGUCAGUGCUCAACCGCGCAUCAGAGAACUCACACAGGAGAAAAACCUUUCAAGUGUAACGAAUGUGGAAAAACCUUUCGUCAGAGGGCGAACUACAGCAGGCAUCAGAAAACUCACACAGGUCAGAAGCCUUAUAAAUGUAAUGGAUGUAGGGAAACCUUCUUCCAGAAGUCAGCCCUCACUGUACAUGAAAGAAUUCACAUGGG